AUGUCUUCAGCGUCAGUGACUCUCGGCGGAGAUAUGGAGGAAAAGUCUGGUGUCGAAGGCCAGUCUUGCGUGACAUCCAGUCCUCGGAACCCUCCCAAUCAACCAGAAUCUUUGCCAAAAAGCUUUGUACCAGUUCGGUCGGGGUCGAACCUCGAGCCCCUUAAGCUUCCGAGCCGUACCAGAACAGGGUCAGCCGUCAAUAAGACCAAGCAUCUUUUCCGUCGACUUCGGCGUCAACCGGUUGACCCAUCUUGCGAAAAGGGUUCAAUCGACUCCCAAGAUUAUCCUAAACCUAGGGGUGAGCCAGCUCAAUGCGACUUCGAUGAAGUUUUGAAUGGGGUUCUGCCCCGAACGGAGGGUGCGGCCAAAUAUCCCGAGUUCGACGCCGCUGGAUUAUAUGUCCUGUCCGAAGACGUUCUCAAGAACCUUUGGCAUGCCGAAACAGUGCGAUUGAUGAAGAUUGCUGAAUCUCCGAGCACGCCACUUGAGUUUUCGAACAAGGAAUUCUUCCAAGGAGAUACGGAGAAGGGCUACCGAGACAUGUCCAGAUUAUGCCAGAAAGUCUUGACAGCUAUCACGAUUUGCCUUCUCGACAACGAAUGCAUCAACGCACAACACUGUGGCCAACUGUCGAAUCAUAAACGGCUCUCCAGUUUCAUCAAACAAGUCUCCAAGGGUCAGUGUGCUGCAGAGAGCGUUGCAAACAUGGGUGACUCCGGAGCCCAGCAAGAAGCAUUCUCCAGCUUAGCAGCCACUUACGAGCUGAUCAACUACAUAUCAGCAGUCUUGACGAGAUUGGUCGUUCAAACCUCGCCGGGUACUUACUGGCAAACAAAUGUUCUAAGUGUUCUCAUCAAGAGAAUUACCAAGAUCAAGUUGUUGUUGCUUGAUCUACAUGCGAACUCCGCGAUUGCCGUUGGGGCAGCAGAGGCCGUCCUGUCCAACCUGCGCGACUCAGGGGAUACGCGAUUUGGAGACGGCGAGAUGGACGAGGAAGAGGAGUGCGAAGAGUAUAUGCGAAUGGUUGAGGCUAACGAGAAGGAGGGAACCGCGUCCUUCGAGGAAAAGCAAGUAGCGGCCCAUUGUGUCGAGCAGAAUAAGUUUCGGUUUGGUCUCAACUCAGCCCUGAGGCAUGUGUUGAUGUCCUUGAGAUUCAUCAACCGUUCUGGCCUACCAGCAACGGCGUUCGAAAUCUGUGCUGUGGCUUAUGAGACAGGCUUUGAAGGUUUUAAGGCUCUCCUUUUUCAAGAUAGAGAUCUUGAGUACUCGGCAACAUCAGACCUUGAUAAUAUGAACACUGCACACUCAGCAUUCAACAUCCUCAACCAGAUAGUCAUGCAUCUUAAGCAUACAAGUCGCAGUCAGGGGUACCCCGACGGCCUGAAUACCACAUUGCAAUGGAUGUAUUGUGGGUCUGAAAACAGCCGGUGUGAUCCCAUCAACAUCGAUCUCGCAGGCCCUAGCCAAUGUCUGCGGCUCAACUCCAUGGACGAAGUCAUCACUGUGAUGGUACCACUGGCCAUGACCUGCCCGAGCUUCCUGGCGAAUUUCACCGGCUUCCGACAUCUCAUAGCCCUGGCAGGCUUUAUCCAAGAUGACGUCCAACCGCUCGCAGAAGGACAAUUCGGGGCUUUCUUCCGUAUGCAGACGAGCCAAUUCGACAAAAUGAGGAGACCAGACGUUCUUCAUCUUUCAGAAGCUCUGGCUUGUGGCUUUUUUUCACGGUCCAAAUUAGUGGAGAGUUCGCGUUCUCCUCCCCCGGCCGCACAAUCCACGACGAAAGCACAGCAAGAUGCGAUGCAUCAGCUCAAUGAGCUUAACAAGCUAACGGAGUACAUGGAUGAGUGGGUUGUUGAUGAGAUGUGCGUAACGGUGCCAUGCCCAGGAUACGUUUGGGGCGUAAUAUUCACGGCCGUGUUAUUUGCAGCUGGCGGCUUGGGCAUCGGCUUCAGCGUCGGCGAGCGUAUCAACGGUGUUGAUCCUUCGAACCUAGCGACCUACCUGUGGGUUGUAGCUGCUUUUAUCGUCUUGGUCGGCAAGAGCAUGAAGGUAAAGGAGUGGACCUGGAACGACUUCCUCCGGAGACGGGUCCGCUGUUGCUCUGUAUCUGAAUUACAGUCAAUCACUAGGAUAGACGGCCAGCUCAUCAUCGCUAAGUUGUUACAUGAUGAACGGCGGGGAAGCGUACUGAACAUCCGCGGCCCUUACAACUCAGCUUUCCUCAGAAGAUCUACUGAAGGGUUCUCGAUCGAUAAACCCAUCAGUUCGUCGACGCUCUUGAUCAGCGGUUUGACGAUGUUGAAGGUUGUCACGGCUAAAGGGUACGCCUUGGUGUGCCUCGACUUUCGAAGGGGAACGAAUUUGAGAGUUAUCGGCCAUACCCCAGACCCCCAAAAGGAGCAUCUGGUCUGUGAGCAAAUCGAUAGAUUGCAAUCCAGAGUUGGCGCGACUGCAGACGACGCGCAGCCUCAGACCAAGCAUGCCUUUUCGAGAUCCAGCGGGUUGAAAUGGAAAAGAGUACUGGGGAUCUACCAACAGAUGGAUGCCAAGUUUGUCUGA